UUUCUCAAACCCUGCACUCCCACACCCACUCACUUGUUCCCUUGUGACGUGUGGUCACUUAUGUGGCGAUCCUGGUGAACGGAACACAAGCCACAUUUUGGGGGCUUUUCGGUGCAAACGGGCGAUUUUUGGGGUCGUUUUGGGUUAGCGUUUAGUUAGCUCGCUAGCUACCCAGUUAGCUUAGCUAGAAAGCGACUUCAACGUCGGCGAAGUGUCGUAAAGGAAAGCCCACGGACAACAGUGUGGUAUGUCUGAGGGUAGUCUUGACACCCAAUCAGGCAAGACCUCACCUGAGGAGCCUCGCAUGGAAGCCGAGGACAAUCCGCACACUGGUGAUCUGUCACCACCGCUGGCGUCGUCUCCAAACUUAGAUGAUAGCGAUACGGCGUCGGGGAACGAUGUGCUGUAUGACGUUGCUAUAGACAGUGCAGAGGAUAAGUCGUUAAGCAGCAGCGAGGAUGAGGCUCUGAGUGUAGAAAAUGGUGGAGACCAGGCUGUGGAUCCAGCAAAGGAAUGUGGAGAUGCUGAAACUAGCACUCAGACAAAGGAAGACGCCAUGACUGAGGAAUCCCAGAGGAGCUCGGCCGCUGAGAUCGCAGUGACCAGCAACGGAGACCUGGAUCAGAACCCGGAGACUGUGUUCUGCAGGGACUCUUACCCCGGGGGGCCGGCGAUUGCAGACCUUUCCGAGUCUUGCGUAACCUCCGCCAACUAUACAUCGACGACGGAAGGCAUCAUUGAAUCAGGCCCAUACAAAGGGUCGUCGAGCCUCCCCGCGUCCCCUGUGGCGCCCUUUGCGCCCAGCUCGGCGGUCGCUAGCCGCCUGGCGCGCUCCUCCAGCGAGAGCCAGGCGGAUACAGAUGCUCCAAAAACACAGCCAUCGAGUGGAGCGUUGGUCCUCUCAGAAGACACCAAGAAUCCAGCCAUGGAGAAAUUGGACCUUGUGAGAAAGUGGAGCAUCAACACCUACAAAUGCACCCGCCAGAUUCUGUCUGAGAAGCUGGGUCGUGGCUCAAAGACGGUGGACCUGGACCUGGAGGCCCAGAUCGACGUGCUGCGUGAGAACAAGCGCAAGUACCAGAACGUCAUCAAGCUCGCGCAGACGCUCGCCGCCCAGUUGGGGCAAAUCAUGCAGACGCAGAGGCAGCUCGGCGACGCCUUCGCGGACCUGAGCCUCAAGACCCCAGAGCUCCAUGAGGAGUUUGGUUACAACGCUGACACCCAAAAGCUUUUGUCCAAAAACGGGGAGACUCUGCUGGGUGCCAUUAACUUCUUCAUCAACAGCGUCAACACCCUUGUGGACAAAACCAUCGAGGACACCAUGAUCAACAUCAAGCAAUACGAGGUUGCCAGGGUGGAAUAUGACGCGUACCGCACCGAUCUGGAGGAGCUGAACUUGGGUCCACGCGACGCCAACACCCUGCCCAAGAUCGAGCAGUCGCAGCAGCUGUUCCAGACGUACCGCGAAAAGUAUGAGAGGAUGCGCAACGACGUCUCCGUCAAGCUCAAGUUCCUCGAGGAGAACAAGGUGAAGGUGUUGCACAACCAGCUGAUCCUUUUCCACAACGCCAUCGCCGCCUACUUCUCGGGCAACCAGGAGCAGCUGGCGCAAACGCUGCAGCAGUUCCACAUCAAGUUGAAAGUGCCCGGCGGCGAGCAGCCAUCAUGGUUGGAGGAGCAUUAAGGAAAUGUAACCUACAAGUGAAAACUACAGGGAACCCCCCCCCCCCCCACCACCACCUCUACCCCCCGAUCUCCAUUCUCCUGUCAGGAAUGAUGCCCUUUCAAAAGUGACGACAAGAAAAAAAAAAAUCCCUCAAAUGAAUCCUUGAAAAUUUUAUUUUCAAUCCUACAAUGUUUAAAAAAAGCAAAAGCACUUUGAUGCUCUUUGACAAGUUCAUUGAACUGCAGAAAAUGCAUUAAGGAAGUUGGAAAAAUGACUUUUUUUAAUAACAGCAUAAUGAAUGUUGUAACAUACAGAAGCGUAUUGCUGCCACACCCCAAUAAAAAGCCUCACUAUCACGUUAUAACCUGAUGUUUCACGUUAUAAUGUGGAUGUUUCAUGUUUAAACAUAUGCUUCAAGUUAUAAUUUUGUUAAUUACACAUUAUAAUACGAAUCAUUUCAUGUUAUAACGUGAAAAGUUUCACAUUAUAACGUAAUUCAUUUCAUGUUGUAGUGUGAAACCAUGUUAUAACAUGAUAUGCUCUACGUUAUAACGUGAUACGUAUCAUGUUACAACGUAGAUUGGUUUCACGUUAUAAUGUAGAAAAUAAUAAAUAAAUACCACCCCUCUUCACCCCGCCCCCACAAAAGGAAAUUACUUCCGGUUCUCCUACGUGACUACAUGUUCUUGCUCCAUGCGUAAGAGGCAAUCUUUGGGUACACCACGACUCCGUAAAAAAGCUCACCAAAUCCAUGUUUUGUGCAACAAUCAAUGAGAGUCCAGUUCUAGCGGUGUCUUCCUGUAUGCCACCUUGGUAGGAUGUGAGUGACCACAGGGUCGCAAACAAGUUGACGCCAACUUUUCAGGUCACAGCGAAGAACUUAGUAGGCUUUACCAUGAUAUGUUUCAUGUUAUAAUGUGAUAAAUUACAUAAUGUGGUUCAUUUCACGUUAUAACGUGAAACGUUUCAUGUUAUAAAGUGAAAUUAAUUGUUAUAAUGUGAAACGAUUCAUGUUGUAAUGUGUAAUUAACCCCAUUAUAACGUUAAACACGUGAUAACAUGAAACAUCCACAUUAUAACGUGAAAUACAUCAUGUCAUAACGUGAUGGCAACUUUUUUUUUUGGUGUGGCAGCAAUACACUUCCGUAAUAACAAGAUAAUAACAUUUUGGUCAUAGUUUUUCCAGCAUGAAACGUUCAUAAUAUUCCAUCAGAUUCUCUCACAGCCUCGGCCACUUCGUCCUGUAGUGACAAAUGCAAAUUUAAGGUUCGUUAAGUAAAACCACUGAUAAAAUGACGUAGUUUGAGGAAAAACUGCCUUUAAUAAGUACUGAGUUUUUUCAUGGGAAAAAAAAACCAAACAACAAAACCGAUAUUUCAUUGCAUUUCCUCUUACGAGAAAUCUCCUCAGGAAGAAAAAUGAUUUGGGGAGUUAUUUUUUGCAAAAUUGUUAUGGAAAGCCACUUUAACAUUCCGCUCACUUGCAUCAUAAUGAACUGAUGAGAACAACUUGGGUUUCCAGUUGGCCAUUUUUAUUGGUUACGCAGUUAUGAAAUGUGAUGCUACUCUUAAAAAAAAAAAAAAAAAAAAAAAAAAACAGGUCUAGGUUUACUUUGCUCAGCACGACAGUGGCAAAUCCGAAAAUGAACAUUCCAGAAAAGAAAGAAGCACUCCUAAAGCUCACAAAUACAUUUUCUUUCCGCAAGGCUGACUCAGCCACAUUUUAAUCGUAGCCAGUAUGCAAACUGACACUACCGUUAUGUUGUAUUGAACAGACCACAAUAACGCAGUUAUCCAGUGUUAAACUGUUGAAAGUUUGAGACAACGCACAGCCUUGUGAAGUCUUGCUAGCAUCCAAUUCCACUCUUGCAAAAUUUUGCCUCGCAUACUUCCAGCCAACAGUCUUAAAGCUCAAAAAUCAACGUGGUUCCGCGUUCUGACCGCAUCAAAAUGAAACCAUUUAAUUUGCGUAUAAUUCACUUCAAGCAAACGCCAUUUGGCAAUCCUCGGAAGCCACUUGCAAGUUUUGCAACGUGAAUGUAAUAUUCACAGUUUGUGUGCUAUGCUAACACGCGACUGUGCUCAUACGUCGUAAUGAACUAUACAAAACAACUUCAGGGGUCAUCAAAUGCAAACUGGACUUUUUUUUCUUCCCUUCAGUAUGCAUACUAGCAUAGCUUAGCAUUGAAAUCGUAAACAAGAUGACCACAUUCUUGGUGGGAAAGAAAUAACACUUCUAAAACUCAGCAAAUCGAAACUAUCUCCUACAUUUGAUACAUUUUUUUAACGAAUGCUCUAUUUUCUAUUGGCAGCCUUAUUGCUGUUCAGUGCUCUUGCGUCCCGGCAAACUUCUGCUAAUUCAGGCCGCGAGUGUGUCAUUGAAAACCACAUCUAUGAAAUGCGAUACUGUUAGCGUAACGCUAAUAAAAAAAUAUAUAUAUAUAUAUAUUCCUCGUCGUCUGUUCUAUAAUACGCUGUGCUGAUUUAUGGAUUUUUACUUUUCUAGAGAAAAUGAAGGACUGACUUAAUGUUUUGGUAACGCGUGCCUUGACUUCAAUUUCUUUCCAUGCUACAUGUUUUUUUUUUUUUUUUUUGCUGAGGAACUCGUAAAUAAAAUCAAUAAAAAUAAUAAAAUAAAAUUAAAAAACUCUAAAGCGCUCAACUAAAAAUUGCUUUGUCAAAAUAUCUCAUUUUUAAACAUUGCAUGACAUAGAGGAAUAUUAAAAAUAUUA